CUAGACCUUCUUAACCAAAAAAAAGAAAAAAAAAAACUUUAUUUUCUCUCUCCUAGAAAAUAAAAAUACACCUCCUCUGCUUCGCUGCACACAACACAUCAUUUUCAAACACACACAAAAAUUUAAAUCACAUGCAAAAGUCAGACACUACUCCUAUCAUCAUCAGGCAUCAGCCAUCACCCCCCUUAUUAUUAGAAGUUCAUUUUUCUUUCUCUUUCAUUUUAUUGUAGGACUUGUUUCCCCUAAAACCAAAACUCCUCUGAAAAAAAAAAAGAAAAAUAGAAAAUGAGAGAAAUGGCGUUCCUUUCUCAAGACUACAUGAUGUAUCAACCACACCAUAACAACCAUCAUCAUGAGUUCAACAACGAAGACGACGACCGACAUCACGAUCCAUCUAUUUCGCUUAACAUCCUCUCUUCUUGUCCACCUCAAGAAUUCCAAGGUGCUCCAGGAGUUCCAUCACUAGCAAUGAUGAACAGAUCAAUGUCAUUUUCCGGGUACCAUCUUCAUCAAAUAGACCAUAAUCAACACCAAGACGACGUGGUAGGGGGAGGUCAUGAAGAGCAUGAUCACGACCAUCACGGUGGUGGCGGUGGAGGAGAUCAAGAUGAGAUGUCAGACGACGGAUCACAGGUGGUGUUGUUGGGGCCAGGAGGAGGGGAGAAGAAGAAAAGGCUAAAUAUGGAGCAAGUAAAGACAUUGGAGAAGAAUUUUGAGCAGGCUAAUAAACUAGAGCCAGAGAGAAAAGUUCAGCUAGCUAAAGCAUUGGGUUUGCAGCCUAGACAAGUUGCAAUUUGGUUCCAAAAUAGAAGGGCAAGGUGGAAGACUAAGCAACUUGAGAAAGAUUAUAGCGUUUUGAAGAGACAAUUUGAUUCUCUUAAGGCUGAUAAUGAUUCUCUUCUAACCCAAAACAAGAAGCUUCAUGCUGAGUUAAUAACACUAAGAAACAGAGAACCAACCGAAUAUGGAGCCAUCAAUCUCAACAAUGCAGAUACAAAGAGUUAUUGGAGCAACAAUGGAAGUGAGAUAAGCUCAGAUAUGAACUUAAACAACACUUCAAGAACAGUCACGCCUAGAACCGGAAGUCCAUUAUCUUCUAACCCAUCAAACAAACUUCAAUUCCCACCAAAUUCCUUCAUCCCAACAAGCAUUACUCAAUUCUUACAAGCCUCCUCCCCUAAGCCAGAAUUGGACCUUCAAUGCCCCAAAAUCGACCCACAACUUCAUGAUGAUACAUUUUGCACCAUCUAUGGGGCCGGUGGUGGUGGUGGCGGCGGUGGUGGAAAUGGUGGUAUAGAAAACCAGCCACCUGCAUUUUGGGCAUGGCCUGAGAACCAACAAAAUCUCAAUUGAGUAGGCCAAAGCAAGAAGGGCAAACAACCAAUUUAAGCAAAAUUUCUUUAUUAUUAUUGUUGCUAGUGCUAGUUCUAGCUAUUAUUAUGUGUAAUUAGAAAUUUUCUAUUUUUUUAUCUUAUUUUUUGUGAAAUGUUAUGUAUGCUAUUGCUUUUUGAUAAUUGUUGUAUAGUAGUAAAUCCACUCUUUUAACCUCAAAAGGUUUAUUAAUAAGAAGUUCUAUUUUUUAUGA